GUAGGCUACAUGCUAAAAAUAUUUUUUAUUUAUGUAUUAGUGUUGGUUGUACACUGUCACGCUUCUAUACAGUAGGUGGCGGCAUGCACCUUAAACGUUGGUUUGUAGUCCGAUAAUAAAGCUAAAGAAGAAGACGAAAGAAUCCGCUACGUACGCAGUCAGUUGUUGAAACAGAAAUGGUGUGGAUGGUUGUUUCCUGCUGAGAAUGAACCCACAAUAUGUCAGGGCUGACCUGAUGACCGCAACGUCUGGCGACUUUGACGUGUUCCUCCACCGUCCCAGCUCUGUUGGGUAGGGCGGCUCUCCCUCUUACGGUCUGCUAAGGUCUUUUUUUUAUUUUUAUUUUUUUUCACCCAACAACCUGGGAUUGAUCUGUACCAGCCCUACAGAGACCCUCUGCCAACACGCCGCAUUAAAAAAAAAAAAAAAAAAAAGGAACAAUGUAUUGCCUACAGUGGCUACUUCCGGUGUUGCUCAUCCCCAAGCCGCUGAACCCGGCGCUGUGGUUCAACCACUCCAUGUUUAUGGGCUUCUACCUGCUCAGCUUCUUGCUGGAGAGGAAGCCCUGCACCAUCUGUGCCUUGGUCUUCCUGGCCGCCCUCUUCCUCAUCUGCUACAGCUGCUGGGGCAACUGCUUCCUCUACCACUGCCAGGACGCCACGCUUCCAGACGCUGCCCACGACCCGGCUAUUAUCGGGACCUAGGACAGAAAAAAAAGGGGGGGGGAUUCGAUAUCUGGAAGGGGGAAUUUAGGGGAGGGGGGUGCAAAGGGUGAUGAGGCAUUGCUGGAGAAUGAUACUGCCAUACUAAAGAGGGGAUAGGCUACACUUUGGGGGGUGGGACGGUGUAGAGGUGGUGAUGAACGACUGUUGGGGGUGGAUACCGCAAAUACAGAGAGCGCUCUGCCAAAAGUGUUUAUUGAAGAGAAGAGCCAGUUCUGAAAGGAUUGUGGGAGGCUGCUUUGCCAUGCUGUAAGACAGACAGACUUGAAUUUGAGGUGGUAGGAGGGGAGGAAGAGAUGUCGGAGAAGACGGGGGGGGGGCACUUGAAAUGCCAAGGAAAGGAAAAUUUCACCUUCUGCAACUUUUGUAUUUUUAUUUUUUAUUUUUCAGCAUUUGAAUGAAAAUUAGACCAUAUAUCCACCACGUGUGACAUCUACCUAGAGGGACCACGGUUUUUCAGUAUUCUGGUUUCUUUCUAGCGCUCUGGCUUGGUAACGUCAAACGUUGGACGUCACUUUCUCCAAAAACCUGCUAAAUCAUCUUUUCAGAGUGAAAGCACCCUCCACCUCAAACUGCCAAAAGUAACGCAAUCCUGCUGAAAGCUCCAGACCAAGUUGGAUGUUCCCAAGAUUCACUGGCAGCCAUGCUUGCUUCUCCGUCCCAUACUGUGGCGGUCGUUGACAAGCUUUAUACGCCAGGUAGUGUUAAGAGUUAACUUGGCAUCUUGACAUGUUUUCUCUCCCCUAAGGUCUAGAGAAAAGAGGGCCGACAUGUCAUUUACAGUCCAACCUGACCAAACUCUGUUGCCACUUUGGCUCUGCACACGUAACGCUGUCCUCCACAAGGAGAGCACACAGACACUGGACAAUCGAUAACUAUGCUGUGAAUAACUUUCUUUGCCGCAUCUCCACACAAACUCAUAUCAGAAGGUGUAAUGAUGCUGAGAAACUGUUCCGUUGUUAUUACCCACAGUGCUCUGCAGCUACCCCUCUCUUUGUCUUCCUAGCUCCUCUUCCUCCUCCUCACCUCAAAAUAAAUUUAUUUUGUUUUUCUUGUGCAUGGGUUGCUGUUAUUUUACACACACACACACACACACACACACACACUUUAAUUAAUUAAAACAAAAUGCUGAAAGUUUCCAAAGAGUAAAUACAUUUGGAUGUGUGUGUCUGUUGGUGAAUGGAAGAAAAUGUGUUAUGUGCGACAGGUGUGUAUAUUUUGUGUUUGUGUGAUUAAGACAUGUUGAUUUGCAUAGAAGUGACAAUAUACAAGGUUACAGAACAGUAGAUGGUCAGUUUUUUUUAGUAUGAAUAAGCAAUACGGUGCUGGUUAAGAAAAACGUAUUGAAUUCUGACAAAAACUGACUAGUUUAUUGGUAAUCAAAAGGGCAAUACUGUCAUAAUGUUUCCUUGUGUAUCACUGCUGUAAGUGUUAUGUUUAGCUGCCAGGUGUGUGUGUGUGUGUGUGUGUGUGUGUGUGUGUGUGUGUGUGUGUGUGUGUGUGUGUGUGUGUGUGUGUGUGUGUGUGUGUGUGUGUGUGUGUGUGUGUGUGUGUGUGUGUGUGUGUGUGUGUGUGUGUGUGUGUGUGUGUGUGUCCUGUUACAGUACUGGCCAUCCUCACUGCUACGUUCUUGCUUUGGUUUUAAUUUAAAUAAAGUUUUUCCUCUCAACAUUAAA